AUGAAGUCUCUCUCUCUUUUCUCCGUGGCCGUCGCCGCGCUGGUCUCCAACGUUUCCGCCGCCGGCGUAACCGGCACCCCCGAGGGCUUCGCCUCCGAAGUCACAGGCGGAGGUAGUGCCGAGGGCGCGUACCCCAAGUCAACCGAUGAGCUGGUCUCUAUGCUUGGCGACUCUACCACGCGCGUCAUCCUGCUCGACCAGGAGUUCGACUUCACCGGUACCGAGGGCACUGCGUCCGAGCAGGGCUGUGCUCCCUGGGGUACGGGCUCGGGCUGCCAGACGGCUAUCAACAAAGAUGAUUGGUGUAACAACUAUCAGCCUGAUGCCCCCAAGGUCGACGUUAGCUACGAUAAGGCGGGCCUGAACCCGAUUAUCGUCAACUCGGAUAAGUCGAUUGUUGGUGUUGGUGCGAAUGGUGUUAUCAAGGGCAAGGGUCUUUAUAUCAAGGGGACUAAGAAUAUCAUUAUUCAGAACAUCCAUAUUACUGAACUAAACCCUCAGUAUGUUUGGGGCGGAGACGCUAUCACCCUUGAUGGAGCGGAUCUUGUUUGGAUCGAUCACGUCACUACCUCCAACAUUGGCCGACAGCACAUCGUCCUUGGCACCAACGCUGAUAACCGAAUGAUCACCAUGAAGAACAACUACAUCACCAAGACCUCUGGCCGCGCCCCCAAGGUCGCCGGCAACACCGUCCUCCACGCCGUCAACAACUACUGGUCCGACAACUCCGGCCACGCCUUCGAGACCAGCGACCAAGCCAAGAUUCUCGCCGAGGGCAACCUCUUCCAGGAUGUCAAGGCCGCUAUCGAGGAGGGAUCCACCGGUGCCAUCUUUGCCAGCCCUGAUGCUUCUGCCAACGCUGCUUGCUCCAGCGGUGUUGGUCACGUCUGCGAGGUCAACCAGUACGAUAACUCUGGUUCUCUUUCUGGUACCGAUUCUAGCUUCUUCAGCUCUUUCGGCGGCAAGGGUGCUGAGGCUAAGCCUGCGUCUUCCGUCACUGGUCUUGCUGCCAGUGCUGGUUUCGGAACCAUCUAA